AUGAUUAGAGGAAAUACAGAAUGGACAACCUUGGCAGCAGGGAUUAUACUUUUCAAGAACGACAUAGUAAAAAAUGAGUCUGGAGAAGAUAUAAUCGAACCAAAUUUCUUGUUACUUAAAUGUUCAAAGAACUUUCACUGGAGUCCUCCAAAAGGUAUUUCAGAGAAUGAUGAAGAGAACGAUUUAUUAAGGACUGCAUUCAGCUCUCAGGAAAUACAUUAUGAAGCUUGGAACAAAAAGAAAACGGUGUUUUACUACUUAGGAGAAUGUAGUAGUAAUUCAAAAGUAGAGAUUUCACAUGAGCACAGCGAAUAUAGAUGGGCAAAUAUUAACCAAGUAAAACAACUAGUAGAAUUUGAAUCACUAAUUCGAGUAUUCAAUGAUGCAUUUGAAAGGAUAAUGAAGGAGAAGCUUUAA